GUUGUAGAAAAUGUCGCAUCUCUUUGUCCCCGGAGAACAGUUGUCAUCACACAUUCAGGCGGCGCCAACACCAUGCCGUGGGCGUCGAACCCGGACGUGGUGGGCAUUAUCGCGGCACACUACCCUGGCCAGGAGAGCGGCAAUGCCAUUGUUGACGUUCUCUUUGGAGACGUGAACCCAUCCGGUCGACUUCCGUACACCAUUUCCAACCAUACAGAAGACUAUGGCGCGCAGGCCCAGAUACUGAAUGUAACCGGCCCCGACGCCACCGAGCCUUGGGCCUGGCAAAGCAACUUCACCCAGGGGCUCCUGAUCGACUACCGCCAUUUCGACUCCAAUAACAUUGCUCCCCUGUAUGAGUUCGGCUACGGCCUCAGCUACACCACCUUUGAGUUGGUAUCGGAGCUAUCAGUGCCCGGCCGCUCCGGGACCGUGUCUCCAUACCCGGCCCCCACAAACUCCACACUCGCGUUGGGUGGUAACCCCAACCUGUGGAAGACCGUGGCGGCAUGCUCGUCGUCCGUAAAGAACACGGGAUCCGUAGCCGGCGCGACGGUCGUUCAGCUCGCGCGAUUUACGGCGUAA